AUGCAUGCGCCCAGGCACGUGGUGCGGAAUAUAACUUCCUGUGGGUGGACACGAAUUGUAUCGAUAAGAGCAGCUCAUCAGAGCUCACCGAAGCCAUCAACUCAAUGUUUUCUUGGUACUUCCAUUCGGGAGUGUGCUUUGCGUAUCUCUCCGACAUACCAACAUCUGGGCAAAACUUCGACGCAGAGGGUAUUUCCUGUAGCCGGUGGUUCACUAGAGGCUGGACUUUGCAAGAGCUUUUGGCUCCCAAAGAGGUUUUGUUCUACGCAGCCGAUUGGUCGCUCAUUGGCACAAGCUACAGGCAUCGACGUCAAAUAUUUCAAUUCAAAGUCAAUCACGUCUACGGUGUGGCAAGAUCGGUGGGAGAAUGACCAGAUUCAUCCAAUUUUCCAAGCAUCCGUUGGUGAAAGGCUUUCAUGGCUGGCUCGCCGCGAAACUACCAGACUUGAGGAUAUGGCAUACUGUAUGCUUGGAAUCUUCGGCAUAUCUAUGCCUCUGAUAUACGGGGAGGGGUCUCGGGCUUUCAUGAGACUGCAAGAAGAGAUUUUGAAGGCUUCGGACGAUCAUUCUUUGUUCUGCUGGUCUUGGUCUGCAUUUUCUGGUACGGGCAGUCUACUCGCGUCUCGCCCACAUGCCUUCGAAGAAGCAUCUCAAUUCACCCCUCGAUCAAACAAUAGGCCACAGCCAUACAGCACGACGAACGCGGGGCUAUCGAUUCAACUUCGAACGCUAUCAUGUUGGUCAUCAUAUAUCGGCAUUUUCAAUGUUGACACCAUACACAAAAACGAAGAUACAGGUGUGUUACUGUCAGGGGAUCCAACCACAGGUCGAUUUAUCAGGUGUCCUUAUCCAGGAGUCCCGAUUCAUCUUUGUCACACAAGAGGACUGAAAACCCAUUCUAUGGAUAUGUUUGUGCCAACCAACAGAACGGGCCGUCGUGUGAUCGAAGCAACGCCUUUCGCAAGAACAGCGUCAGCCAAAGCUGGGGUUCUACUCUCCUUUGAUACAAGAGACAAAUUCGUCGAAAUUAAGACGCUCCCUGUGGGCAGUUUCUUGGGAACCUCAAGUAUAGUCGAUAUUCGGUUCCAAAAAUCAGCUUUGGAUAGAAGCGCAUGUGGAGACGCCGAGUCAAACUGGUUUGCCGAUACAGUUGACACAGCUCCGGACAUUUUAGGAGCUACACUGGUCAAUUUGAAGCUUUCCAGGGAAUUCCAACACAUAAUCGAGUCCUUUUUAUUCUUUAUAAAACAACCACAAGCUGGUACGCGACGAGAGCUAGAGUGGCAUUACUGCCGCAUUCCCCAUGCCGCAACUGACUUCGUUGGUUGGUCGCGUUAUGCAGCUCCUCAAAUGUGGCAGUCGGAACAUCAGGGAAUAGACAGGCGGAAGUAUGUCCAAAAGGCUCUCAUGGAACCUGAAUUUGCGGAUGCCUUGAAUUUCUCUGUCGCAGGCAAAGUCACUGUGGCUGUUGCGGCUAGAACGUCGAAGACGGUAGGUGGAACGCUGCUGAAGCAUGUACAUCUUACUUGA